AUAUAAUACAAAUGUAACCAAAUCUUUCUCUCCAAAAGACCCAUGGAAGUGCUAAAACCAGAGAUUAUUUUAGUUGGAGAGAGAAGGUAUAGGAAAAAUGAUUACAUAAGAAAAGAAACUUUUAUCUCUGAUGAUAAAGCAUUUCAUAAUGCAGAUUCUUCUAUCACAUGCGGCUAUGAAAGUGAUGAAGCAUGUGAUGUAAAUAAUGAGAUAUUUGAAACUCCUAAAGGUUUCAGUGUCAACAUGCUAAUACCCAAUGUAUAUUUCAAAUACCUAAUUGGGAAAAAAGGAGAAACAAAGAAACGUAUUGAGGCAGAAACAUAUACUAAAAUUAUUAUUCCAAGUAAAGAAGAAGCAUUGAAUGAAAACUUAGUCAUUAUUGGCCAUGACAAAAAAGGAGUUUUGUCAGCAAAAACAAGAGUUGAUGUCCUUGUACAUUCUGCAAGACAGCAUCAACCUUUUACACAUUUUCUUUCUCUACCAGUUAAUUCAGAGCAAAUUAUUAAUAAUUUUUUAGAAUUUAAAAGUAGUGUACUACAAACCUGUCAAGGGGAUAGAGGACUAGAUGAAAGUUUAUUUCAAAAUCAUAAAAGGCUUCAUUUAACUAUAGGAACAUUAGUUCUUUUAAAUAAUGCAGAGAUUGAAAAGGCAGUUUCAUUGUUGCAUUCUAGCACAGAGGAUAACACUAAAGAUGCGCUUAUUGAUGAAAGCUUAGAUAUUAAUAUCCAAGGUUUAGAGUACAUGAAUGAUGAUCCAUCUGAAGUAGAUGUUCUUUACGCAAAAGUGAAACCUGGUAAACAAUGUAACAGACUUCAAACGUUAGUGGAUAACUUAGUUACACGAUUUUCAACAUCUGGAUUGAUGAAAAAAGAACAUGACAAUGUCAAACUUCAUGUAACAGUUAUGAAUACCCUAAUGAGAAAAGAUCCAUGGGACAUCUCAUCAAAUAUGCCUAAAAACAAACAUUCAUUAGGCAAACAAAGGGAAUCUUUUGAUGCAACAAUGAUUUUGAAGUCUUUUAAAGAAUUUGACUUUGGGUUCCAUCAUCUCUCAAGUAUUCAUCUUUCUCAGAGUGGUAGCUCUCAAGAAGAUGGAUACUAUAAAGCUGUUUCUUAUGUUGUCUUGCCUUAACUUGUUAAAGGAAUUAACAAAGCAAAUUAAAUCUUAUUGAUGUA